GAAUACGCGUAUAUGCUAUCGUAUACGACAGGCCACUUAUUAGUUUAUUCUGUUUGACUUUUGAAUGGUUAAACUCUUGCUUCCUGAUUGUUUAAUGAACUCCUUGCCAUAUAUCUAUUUGUCAUCAGUCCACUGCUUGAAGAAGGGACACCAAGAACAACCUCAGUAUUUGUUUGAAUUGUUGUCUUAAAGUUAGUUGUUGUUCUGGUUGUGGUCCAUAAUAGUAUGAUUAAUAAUGGAACCAAGGGAGAUUUUAUUGAUAACUCGUAUGUGAAUAACGCGGUUCAGGAGCAGAAACUGAGUACAACAUCUACAGGUGAAACCGGAAAGGGUUACAUGGAGAUGGAGGGAAGAGUUUAUUCAGAUUUGUAUAGAAAUUCGAGUGAAGAUAUGUUCAUACGAACGUUAAUGGAGAGCUCGGUUGGCAUGCCAUCACCGACCAUGGAGAUGCUUGGUUUCAAGAAUCUUUCUAAUAAUUUCCGUGCAGAUAGUGAGGAGCUUUUCAAGAACUGGCUAACCACUGCAGAGAAUCCAACAAGCUUAGUUCAUAAUCGUUCUCGACAAUUAUCACGGAUGAUGCUUACUGAUCAAGCGACUUUGUCGAAUCACCAAAAUGGGGGUUCCAUUGAACAGAGAAAAAGCAACGAGAAUCUGCCACCACAAAGUUCUAUGGAAGUCGGUGAAUCCUCAAAUGACAGUUCCAUUAGGAAUGUGGCAGAAAGGGGGUUGCAGGCUAGCAACUUAUACUUGGCUAAGGCAUGGUUUCAUAGCUCUCAACCAAUGACGAGAAGUCGUUCCUCCGAAUUAAGGAGGAGGUAUGUUGCAAUGCAAAACUCUCAAACAGCAAUAGGUAUGGAAGCAAUGCAUAAUGCAUCAGGGAGUCGAGUCAACCAACUAAAACAAGAAUCAGCCAACCAUAACUCUUUCAACGAGGCUUCUUUAUACGAUAUUCCCAACCAAUUAGACGGGUUCAUGCCCCAUUCUAACUCAUCUUCAUCUAUUGACAAGGUUUCUUCUGUCGUAAGCAUGCUAAAGGGUACCUUAGAACGCAAGAAACUUAGCAACCAUAUUGCAAAAGAAGCGGUUGAAGAUGGUUCUUUAGGUUAUUAUAACGGUCAACAUGUCUUUGACUAUUCAAAUCUGAAUCACAUGAAUGAAAUUCACGAUUUUGAGGUACAAGAAACAGUUCAAGAUCCAAGGUUGUUUCAGACAGUUCAAGGGCCUUUAGAUGCUGACCUGGAUAAUUUUGUGGCCCCCACUAAUCAGAUUCAGAUGAGUUUUGCAUCUAGAGAACCUUCACAAAGUGAAUCAUCUGCCGCCGCACCUGUAAUAUCAAGCGGUUUUGAUGUAUGUGAUGGCCCCACCAACUCAGGUCAAGCACCUACUAAAGGUACAGAUACAAAGGAACAAAUGCAUGAUAAUCUUCAAGAGGACCGCAAGCAGAGGAAAAAUUUAAUUCGGUUUGGAUCAGUAACAUCGGCUGCCUCAGUGGACAGCAGGGAUCCUACAAAGAAACGUAGGGUGGAACGAUCACGGAAAAUGGCAGAAGCAAAGGGAAGAACUCAAACCCCUGCAACUUCAUCAGACAUGCAGUCUAUGCUGAAGCGAUGUGAAAAUCUUGAGAAGGAAGUGCGAUCGCUUAAACUUAAUUUGGCUUUCAUGAAUAGGAAGGAUUCUGAACAAACUAAGCAGAUCGAAGAACUCCAAAAGCAGAACGAGGAGAUGAGAGAUGAAAAGGAACGCCUUUUAGAAGAGAUCGAAAGGAUUUUAUCUGAACCAGAUAAGAUGUGAUAUGAAUGUUGUCAGGAUUGCUAUCUAACAUCUAUGCACAACUAAUAUUUACAUUUACUAUAUGCUCGUAGAUCAUAUUUGCAUAUGUGAGUUUUUUUUUAUACACUUACAUACAUAUUUAGAUAAUGA